AUGGCUUGCCCCGCGCGGAUGCGCUUGCACACAUCUGCGCGCCACUUUCAGCAGCCGCCGGGUGGUGGCGGUUUCCAAGGCAUGCGCAUGAAUCCCAAUCAAGGAGAGAGCAAACCGGGCGACACCUUGAAAGAAUACUCUACAAAUUUGACGGACCUGGCACGCGAAGGUAAGCUUGACCCGGUGAUUGGCCGUGACGGCGAAAUCCGCCGCACCAUUCAAGUGCUUUCGAGGCGUACCAAGUCUAACCCUGUACUUGUGGGUCCCGCUGGUGUAGGCAAGACCUCAGUUAUGGAGGGCCUCGCGCAGCGUAUUGUGAAUAAAGAAGUCCCUGAGUCGCUGCAGGACAAGGAAAUCUGUGCGCUGGAUCUUGGCAAGCUACUCGCUGGCGCAUCCUACCGCGGUGCAUUUGAGGAGCGCUUUAAAGCACUUUUGGCCGAUCUCGAGCACGAGGCGGGCAGUGUGAUUGUGUUUAUCGACGAGCUGCACAUGCUCUUGAACCUUGGCAAGGCUGAAGGCUCGCUCGAUGCGGCGAACAUGAUGAAGCCCAUGCUGGCUCGCGGCACGCUGCACUGUGCAGGGGCGACUACCUACGACGAGUACCGCCGCUACAUUGAAAAGGAUCCUGCGCUUGCAAGGCGCUUCCAGCCUGUCACUGUAUUGGAGCCCACCGUGGAUCAAACCGUUGCGAUUUUGCGUGGUCUCCGCGACCGCUACGAGCUGCAUCAUGGCGUUGGCGUGAGUGAUGGGGCACUGGUUACUGCAGCAAAUUAUGCCGCGCGCUAUCUUUCGGAGCGCAAACUCCCUGACUCUGCUAUUGAUCUCUUGGACGAGGCCAUGUCUGCGCUGCGUCUCCAGCAAGAAAGCAAACCUGAGCAGAUUGAGACGCUGGACCGCGAAAUUUUGACACUUCAGAUUGAGCUCGAGUCUUUGCGCAAUGAAACUGACCCUCUUUCUGUCGAGCGCAGGGGAUUUUGCGAGCAGGAACUCAACGUGAAGCGCCAAGAAUGUGCCAAGCUUACCUCGACAUGGAUGGAGGAGCGUGAGCACCUCGACAAGGUCAAGGAAAUUAAGGGAGAAAUCGAGCGCAGUCGUAUUGAGCUCGAGCGCGCGACCCGUGAAGGUGACUUCCAGCGUGUCGCGGAGCUUACCUACGGCCGCAUUCCCGACCUCAACGCCGAGCUUCCCAAAGAGGAGGAGCUCAUUAAGGGUGCGAAUGGCGAGUCGAGUAUGUUGCACGAUCGCAUCACCAGCGACGACAUUGCCAAUGUUGUAGCCAAGAUAACGGGCGUGCCUGUGCGCAACCUGAUCCGCGGCGAGCGUGAGCGUCUCAUGGGCAUUGAAGACCAAUUGCGCCACCGCAUCGUCGGCCAAGACCAGGCGCUUGAGGCCAUUGGCCACGCUGUUCGUCUCAGCCGCGCCGGUCUGCACUCGGCAAAGCGUCCGUUGGCAUCCUUCAUGUUCCUUGGUGGUACUGGUGUCGGUAAGACAGAGGCCGCCAAGGGCCUUGCCGAAUUUCUCUUUGACUCGGAGAAGAUGAUCCAAAUUAACUGUUCCGAACUGAGCGAAUCUCACUCGGUCUCGAAACUGAUUGGGUCUCCGCCUGGCUACGUCGGCCACGAGGACGGUGGUCAGCUUACGGAGCAAGUGCGUCGUCAACCGUACUCUGUUGUAUUGUUUGACGAGAUUGAAAAGGCGAACCGCAGCAUCCAUACACUUCUUCUUCAAAUUAUGGAAGAAGGUCGCUUGCAGGAUUCGCAGGGCCGUGUCGUCGACUUCCGCCAAACGAUUAUUAUUCUUACCACCAACGUGGGUGCCGAGGUGCUCUACGAGCCUGGCGCUACAGACAGUGAAGGCCGCCCAACACCGGAGGCGCUGAAGCGUGUGACCAAAGACGUGAGCCGCGCUUUUGCUCCGGAGCUGCUCAACCGCCUGGACGAACAAAUUGUGUUCAACAAUCUUGCCGCUGCGACCCUUAACGGCAUUGUCAAUAUCCGCCUGAAGGAGGUCGAGCAGCGCCUGCACGACAAGCGCAUCCGCAUCGAAGUCGAUGGGGCCGCAAGGGAAUGGCUUGCCAAGGCGGGCUACGAGCCAGCGUUUGGCGCACGUCCAUUAAACCGUCUCAUCCAGAAGCGCCUCUUAAAUCCACUUGCCUCCGAAAUUAUACAAGGCACGGUUUCCGAAGGUGACACUGUGCGCGUGACGAUUGGCAAGGAAAACGACAGCCUCCAGUUCAACAUUGUUUCUGGCGAAACAGAGCACAGCCAAAGAAACGAAGACGAACAUGGCAAUGAGGGGCAAGACAAGCAAAAUCGGGACAACAAGGUCCUUGGAUCGGAGUAG